UUUCCAGUUUGCUGGAAUAGACACAGACACUGAUUGGGUCAUGCUGAAAACAUUCCAGUCCUAUGAAGCAAGUCGGUUUGUAUUUUAGGUUUGGCAGGACUAAUGAAUUAAACAUCUUGGCCUCCAGACAAUUGGCUACUUUAAUAUGGUUCCUGAAAGGGGGGGUGCUGAGGAAGCAUGACAAUGCUGUAAUCUUUCAUUGCAGGGAAGGGAAGGGACGGUGGAAUUGAGACGGAAAACAGAAAAGGGUGGUCCUGAGGGUGUAAAAAGCCUAUGGGAAGUGCAGGUAGCAGCAUGUUGUCCUGACAGCUGUUUCAACUUCUCAGACCUUGUCAGUUCACUGCUUAUGUAGCAGGUGCAGCCUUUUCUUUUCCUGAAUCUUUACUCCAUAAAGGCAACAACAAGUCAAGGCAGAGGCUGGCCCUGGAUUUAUACAAGUGCAGACACCACUAAGUGAGAUCCAGGAAACCUCACCACUUUGGAAGUGCUUCUUGUCUUAUGUGGUUGGAGUGUUCCUGGAGCUCCCUGAUCUGGCAACUGUGAUAUUUGCUCUAGUCAUUUGCCAUUACAAUUAUAGCAAAGUGCCCCAUGGGGAUGUCUUAAAAGAGAUUGGGAAAUUACAGCAGAUUCAAAAUGCAGCAGCAAGACUCUUCUCAGGUGAAACAUACAACUAGACACAUAGGUUCUAGUGCCCACAUGAUCACCACAGCAAGGGUACCUGCUGAUAAACGGAUACGAAUUGCCUUCAGUCUAAAUGAUUCACCAGGUAAUAAUCUACAAAAAAAAGAGUUGAUCACUAGAUUAGAUGAAGCUGAAAAAGAGAACAGAGAUGCUGCACAAUUAACGAAGGAGUACGCAGAUCUGACAGACGAGAACCGGACACUGAAGUUGACCCAGACACAAUGUGUCGAACAGCUGGAAAAGCUUAGAAUACAGUAUCAAAAGAGACAGGGAUCAUCAUAACCUGAAUCAACAUAUCUGGGCCAAUUAAAAAAAUGCAAAUCUUGAGUCUGCUGGGUAAAUGGAUUUUUCUUUCUUUCUCUGUCUCAAAGAUUCCUUCUAAAGAGUUGGAACACUUAAACUUGCAGACUAUACAGGCAUCUAUAUUUAAUGUAAUGCUUUCCAGCCACUAGCUAAAUAUGGAUAUUGGAUAUUUUAUUUCAAGUAGCAUAGUUAGAGGCUUAUCAGUCCCUAUUAUAUAUGCAAAUGGAUCAGGUUUCAGUUCUAAAGAUAUUUCUUUCAGUUUUAAGAAGGUUUAAGUGCAUUAGAAACUGGUAUGACUCAUCUCUGUUGGAGGGUGCAUUACACUAAGAUGUAUGGCAGGAAGAAUGUUAAAAUGGGACAGGCUGUAGCAAUGCUGUCUUCUAAAUUUGAACUAAGAAAACUGGGAGAAAAACCUAGCAAGAGAGGUAAAAGAGUAGUCAAAUAUGGAAUAAUAUUUAAAGGUUAGCAGCAUAGUACCUAAAUCACUUUCAUUGUCAAGCUACAGCUAACAAAAAUUCUUUUAGUUGUGAUUUUAUACAAUAAGUCAUCUCUAUUAACACUCGUGCUACAUACAAAAGUCACUAUACAUUUGAAACGACAUAUGCUUGCGAUCACACCCUAAUUAAAAGCAGUGCUCAAUGUGUUGUGAGAAUCAGCCUGUUUCCAAAAAAAAUGCAUGUUCAAACCACAUUGGAUCAAUUUGUUUCCAUUUCUCUUUUUUGUAAAAGUAUCUUCAAUACCACAAAGUAAUCAGAAUUAUAAUGCUGGAAGGAAUAGGGAUCAUUCAUCCAAUUUGUACUCUGAAACUAUUUUUCAGACCAUGAAAGGCACACAAUU